UCUUUCGCUACCCAUCACGUUCCCUAGUACGACUUCCGCCAUGCCCGCAACGCCAUCCAGCUCCGGUUCGAACAAACUGCUCAAUGCCUAUCAAUUGGGAGAUUGUUUGGGAAAGGGAGCUUUCGGCCAGGUCUACCGUGCCCUGAACUGGGCUACGGGAGAAACGGUCGCUAUCAAGGAGAUUCAGCUCAGUAACAUUCCCAAGAGCGAGAUUGGUCAGAUCAUGUCCGAGAUCGAUCUGCUCAAGAACUUAAAUCAUGCGAAUAUCGUCAAGUAUAAGGGUUUUGAGAAGACGCGGGAGUAUCUGUACAUUAUUCUAGAAUUCUGCGAGAAUGGCUCGCUCCAUAACAUUUGCAAGAAAUUCGGGAAGUUCCCGGAAACACUGGUCGGCGUGUACGUCGCGCAAAUCCUGGAAGGGCUCGUGUAUCUCCACGACCAAGGUGUUAUUCACCGUGACAUCAAGGGCGCGAAUAUCCUCACGAACAAGGACGGUUGUGUCAAGUUAGCGGAUUUUGGUGUUGCCAGUAGCACGACCGCAGGCGCCGUACGCGACGACGCGGUUGUGGGAAGUCCAUACUGGAUGGCACCAGAGGUGAUCGAGCAGUCUGGAGCAACGACUGCCUCGGAUAUCUGGAGUGUAGGGUGCACGGUCAUCGAGCUCCUGGAAGGCAAACCGCCAUACCACUUUUUGGAUCCAAUGCCCGCCCUCUUCCGCAUCGUGAACGACGAUAGCCCUCCAAUACCGGAAGGUGCCUCCCCUAUCGUCAAGGACUUUCUGUAUCAUUGCUUCCAGAAGGAUUGCAACUUGCGUAUAUCGGCGAAGAAGCUCCUCAGGCAUCCAUGGAUGCUCGCGGCGCGGAGACAGAUGGCGGGGCAUCAAAGAGCGGCGGAAGGGGCGGGCAACGGUGUCGAGAAGCGGCCCACGAGCAACUACAACUACGACGAGGCCGUCCUCAAGGUACAGGAGUGGAACGAAGCACUCAAAUCCCCCUCCAAACCGUCGAAGCACCCGGAGCGCAAUCGCAAACUGUCGGCUACGGGUCGUCCGCUGUCUCCCUUACCGUCACCGACGAAUAUGAUAUCGUCGGUCCAGGCUGCGUCUUCACUCGGCGUGCCACAGCAGUCGAUGCUCCACGCACAGCGCAAGCCAGGAUCCCUGCCGAACCAGAAGGUUCCGCCAGUAGCCGGUGCUCUGGGUCACAUUCGGGAGACGUUACCAAUGCCCUUUGUCCUGCAGCAGCCAGAAGAACAAACGGACAAUUGGGAUGACGACUUCGAGGAGGGUAUUUCGCUCACGAAGCUGCACGCAUUGGAGAAGACGCCUGCGGAGGAGGAGAAGGUCGAGGCAGAUGACAACGCGCAGACUAUUCGACCUGGGCGUAGCCCACAGGGUCUUGGUAGGAGCACUCCACUCCCGGUCUCGAAGGCACCGGAGCCGCAGAUCGGGCCCAUAGUGGAGGACUACUCCGACAUCGCGUUCGACGAGGACGACGAGAAGCUGCAGGAGAAGGUCGCCGAUUUCAGGAUGAAGAACUCGUUCAGGCGGGGGCUCUUCCACCCUGACGACAUCAAGACGGUCGGCCUGGGUGCUCCCUCUCCCGGUCCAAUGACUGCGCCACUCCCCGACCUUUCGCACAGGCGAUCACGCCCGUCGCUUAGCCCUCUUGUGUCUCCUGCACAUCCAUCGAGCGGGCCGUCUUCAGCGAGGGCGCAUUCCCGGUCGUCGUCGUUUGUGGGAGCAAAUUCGGAGUCCUUCGGGCGUGCUCAGGCGCAACGGCUGCAUAGCGACUUCGGGAAGUACGCCGAAGACGAUGACGAGGACUACGAGGACGUGUUCGGGAAGGCGAACGGAACGUCCGCGCAGCCGAUGCAGACUCUGCAACUGAAUACGAGGCUGUCGAACAAGUCGUGGCUGGGCGACGAAGAUGACGAGGAGGAUCCGUUUGCCGAGAUCGACGAGGGUUACGCAGAGGAAGACCUCGAGGCAAACCUGCAGCGCGACAAAUACGCACGGCUGUGCAAUACGGUCACGCAACUCAUCGACGAGCUCACCCCGUCUGCGCCGGACUUCCAGCUUCGGGACGCUUGCGACCAGCUUCUCAAUAUCAUACACGACACGCCAGAGAUGCAGUCGCAGCUGGUCUCUGCGCAUGGGAUGCUGGCCAUUCUGGAGGUGCUCGAGUCGCGGACGUCCCGGGACGUUACUCUCAAGCUGCUGCAGAUCAUCAACGCGCUCGUCACGACUGAUAUGGGUUUCCUGGAGAGCUUCUGUCUGAUCGGAGGUAUCCCAGUGGUCAUGGGCUUCACGUCGAAGAAGUACCCUUCAGAAUGCCGGUCAGAGGCUUCGCAUUUCAUUCGCUUGCUCUGCCAUUCCUCGGUCCUCACGCUGCAGAUGUUCAUCUCAUGUCGUGGUCUGAAAGUUCUUGUGGAUCUUCUGGACGAGGACUACUCGGAACAGACUGAACUCGUCGUUCAUGCAUUGAACGGCAUCUGCAGCGUCUUCGACCUCCAGAGCCCUACGACGAAGAACGACUUCUGUCGCAUGUUCAUCCGAGAAGGCCUCCUCGACCCAUUAUCCUCGGCUCUGCUGAACGUCAUGUCCAGUCGCGGAGACGCCGCUGCGGACAUGAACAAGAAGAUCAUCCAGAUUCUGCUGGUGUUCUGCCAGGUCUCGCAGUCCGAUAUCCACGUGCGGAACGCGCUUGGGACGCGCAAAGUUGUGCGACGCCUGCUCAGGGCAUGCGAGCUAUUGCAGCCGGAAUACCUUGUCCAGAUGCUCAAGGCUGUCAAGCAUCUAUCUAUGAACGCCAAUCUGCUCGAAGUCCUGCAGAACGCGAAUGCCAUCGAGAUCUUGGUCAAGAUUCUUGACGAACAAAGCUCCGGCCCAUACGGGACUGAAAUGUCGAACCACAUCUUCCAGACGUGUUACAACCUCUGCCGGCUCAACAAGUCGAGGCAAGAGGAAGCGACACAGGCUGGCAUCAUCCCGAGCCUCAAGCGGGUCAUCGAGUCGAGUUCGCCGCUCAAGCAGUUCGCCCUCCCAAUCCUUUGCGACCUCGCCAGUGCGGGCAAGAGUUGCCGGAUCUUGCUGUGGCAACACGACGGGUUGUCAAUGUAUCUCCGUCUUCUGGAAGACCCGUACUUCCAGGUCAGCUCGCUCGAGGCUGUCCUAUCCUGGUUGCAAGAUGAGACGGCUAGGAUAGAAGACGAGCUGAUGAAGGCGGAUUCGCUGGACGCCCUCUUGCGCUGCUUCGUGUCGGCCAAGGCCAACUCCUUCGAGAACCUGCUUGACCCCUUCCUGAAGAUUUUCCGCAUCUCCACCAACAUCACUAUCGGGAUCGCGAAGUCGCAGUUCUUCAAGCGGCUCAUCGACAAGCUGGGUUCGAGCAAGGCCGUUGUGCGGCUCAACCUGCUCCGUAUCCUGCGGACGGUGUGCGACGUCCACCCCAACCGCGCGAUGCUCGUGGAGCGUUACGGCAUUUACGACAUCGUUGCCAAACUCAGCAAGGAAGACGUUGCGGUGCUUGUUCGGGAGCUUGCGCGCGAGAUCGUCCCAACCCUCACUCCGGCCCUCAAGCCGUCCGCGCGGCUCGCAAAGGGCAUCGACACCCCCAAGUCCGCGAAGGCCAUCGCGCCGAAGCGCAUGCGCCGCCACGCCUCCGAGUCGCUCGCUGGCAACCCCCCGAGCAGCAUGAGCAGCAUGGGGACUACGAACGGGGUACGCGCGUCGGGGCGCAACGCCACAGGGAAUGGAAGGCCCUCGCGGCACCAGUUGAAUGAGAUCCCCUGGCAGGGGUCGGAGCGGCGAUAGUCGUAUGUAAAUCUAUUUCUUAGGUCCCCUUCCAUGUGUCGGUUCUGGUAGCUCUUACAUUCAUUUGCUUUCGAGGUCAUAUCAUCGUCAUCCUGCACUUUCCUUUGGUCCAUACAUCGCAUGUCCCUGCAUUGUCAUUCGCAUCUAACCACCACAUACCGCGCAUACACUCAUACCUAAAUCUGGCCUAAUAUAUGUAGUAUUUUG